AGCGAAGGUUUUAAGAGGACAGUAAGUUCUAUGUCUCCGCUCAAGCUCUAAGCGAUGGCUGAAGCGAGCAACUACAGAGCGACCGAUGAAGAAGAAGAAGAAGAUUACAUGGGCGAUCUCUCUCUCUUCCUUCCACCGGUGAAUUCUCCCCCUUCAAAAGACUCUUCCAAAAAGGUUCCCGACACCAAAACCCCUUUUAUCUCGGAACCCUCGAAGAAGAAAUCCAAAACCCUAAAAGGCUGGCAAGAACAGCGCAGGCAGGAAAGGGAGAAGAAGCAGCGAGACGAGGACGAGCAAACCCUAGCGAAGCUGGAGUGGGCGAUUCCGCAAUCGAACAUUGGAUUCAGGAUGCUGAAGCAGAUGGGCUACACCCCUGGCUCGGCUCUGGGCAAGGAGGGUGUGGGCCGGGCGGAGCCGGUGGGGCUCGAGAUACGGCGGUCCCGCGCCGGGAUAGGGCGGGAGGACCCGCAUAAGGAGAAGAAGAGGAAGGAGGAGGAGAACUUUGAGAGGAAAAGGAGGAAGGAGGAGGAAAACGUUGAGACGAAAAGGAGGAAAGAGGAGGAAUUGAUGGCGGAGUUUGGGUCCCGCCAGAAAUCGCAGUGGCGGAGCCGAAGAGUCGUUGUGAAUUAUCACAAGGCGAGAGGGGCGCUUGCGCAGUUAGAUAAUGAGGAAGUUCUGGAACCGGAGAAGGAGGACGAUGAAGAGUGCGAACAGGACGAGGAAGAAGAGGAGAUAACAGAAGAGGAUCUGCAGGAGAUAUUGACCAAACUGAGAAAUGAACAUUACUAUUGCCUCUUUUGUGGAUGUCAGUAUGAAUCAAUGGAAGCACUCCUAAACAACUGUCCUGGAAUUAAUGAAGAUGACCACUGAAUCCUUUAUGCUGUAAUGCAUUAUUUCCCCAAAUGACACUUAGCUCAACAAAGAACUGGAAGAGAAUGCUGCCCCCCGCCUGAUGAAUCUGCUGCAUGAGUAUUUUCUGGGCUUUGCAUUCCAGGAUGUUGAGAAAGUUGGAGGGCAACCAGUCACUCAAAAGCUAAUCAAAUCAGAGGCUCUCACAAGGAGAAAAAGCUGCACAACAUGGACGCUCUUUUGAACAGACUUGUAAAACCCCCUUGGCUUUUGGGCUGUCAACUCUAGAGGCUGCUUGGGCCUUCAAGCUAGGUUUUUGUCCAUAUGUUCUACUGUAAACCCAAAAAAGUCACGUAGGCAGAAAUGCCCAAGAAGUUUAUCUUUUGUAAAGGGGCAAGUAUGGGUUUAAUGUGAUAUUAAUCUGCAAUUAUUUGGACCAA